CGCAAUUUGGAACUGUUCGUGGAUUAUCGUAUUUUUUCUUAUUUCGUUUUCGGAAAAUACUAUGUAGUGAGAUAAUGCACGGUGCACGGGACUCCUCUGACUAGGAGAUGUGCUGAGCCUUUAUUCCGGGAGAACUAGUGAAGAUUUCCACCACCAUGGCUGAUCAAGAUGAUGAACAACGAGAAUCACCAAACAAAUGUCCAGCAUCCAUUGGUAUUUUUCUCAUCAUACUGUCCGUGGGAACGCGGUCAACCACUUCAAUUCUGACCCCCAUCUGGUUGGACGCUCGAAAAAACACCACAGACACUAGCAACACCACAGGUGUUUGUGAUGAGAAAAUCUCGUCAACAUCAGACCCACAGAUUGAUCCUCUGUCAAUCAUGUGCAUUGUCAACUUCUUAUUCUUGGUGUUUUGGGGCCUUGUCCUGUUGAUAACGAAAAUCCUGUGUCCUUACCUUAUCACUGAUCAAGAGAAGGGCUACAGUAAAACAGAUUUUGCCCUUAUCGGUUUCGCGGACACAGUGUCUGGUAUCUUGUUUGUGUUUGCCAGUAGUGGUUGCCGGACAGCGCCUUACCUUCAGUCAUUGGCUGCUAACUUCUGCGUUCCUGUCACAUUUGUAAUCAGGUACCUGAUGCUACAGAAGCGGCCAACAUGUCGUAAGAUGGUGUGCGCCAUCCUGGUUCUGUUUGCAGAGUUCACUGCCCUUAUUCCGGACAUAGUUCCGGGUCUGGAGACGCAGCGAGCACGCCAAGACCAGGGCGGCGCUGAUGGUAUUGCUGGCGUCCUCUGGCCUCUCUGCUUCUUUUUUGGAUAUAUUCCUCUGGCGCUGACAUCGGUUGUGCUGGAGAGGGCAGUGAAGACGUCUGCACCCGUGCGCAACCGAGACACCAGCCUCAAUGUGGCAUACAUCCUGUUCUGGUCCUACCUAGCCAGCUUCCUCUUUCACAUCCUACUGUUCUGGGUCGACAUCAUACCUGGCUUUGGCAUGGCAGAUGGAAUUGUGGAGUUUGCUAAAGGGUUUUGGUUCAACAUCCAGUGUUUCUUCGGCCAGGCGGGUUGUAGAGGCAUGAUCACGGUAGUCUCCCUUGUGUGUACUGCGUGUCUGUUCCUGAACCGUUUGGUGAAUGCCUACUUCCUGCGAUAUCUCGAGGGCGCAAACUAUCUUGUCAUCAUUACGACAAUCCAGACUCCUGUGGUGUUCUUGUUUUUCACCCUGUUCAAUGAGAGCCCAGUGUACUGGCACCCACAUGCAUAUCUCUCCACCUGGCUUAGUGUGGCUGCUCUGUGCAUCAUGAUACCUGCAAUAUACAUCUAUGAUACUGGUGAGCCAGAGAAAGUACCCCCAAAGUCCCCAAACCGUAGCCCAGUGGUAUUUACCACUGUGACUUCUUCCUGCCAGACUGACCCCUCCGGUGACCCCUCUACAGACGACCUGGCCCCUCUACUGACCAAUUGGACUGACAGGGAGGAAACACAGCCCCUCAUGGUCAAUCGGCAUGGGAACCGGUUGAUCUACAGCUCAGAAGCUGACACUAGGGUCGUGGGAAGAUCGUAUGAGGACAUGAGUAACCAUGGAAACCGAAACAAUGAGGCCUGAAAAUUUGAUCCAUGUGUUGACAUUUUUAUAUUUUGUUUGAAAAUUUUGUUUUUAUGUUAAUAUUUAUGUUAUCUGUAAUGAUGCAAUAUUACACGUAUUAGAUGUAUACGGUAAUAAGCUUUACAAAUCAAUUUUUUUGUUGAUUUUUUUGUUGUUAUUGCAUUUAUUGGAUCUUGUGUAUUUUAUUGUAUUGCUAUUUUUGAUUUAGUAUUAUUGUUAAUUAUCAAUACGCAGUCAUUAUUGUUACUUGAUCAGUAUACAUUCAUAUGUGUUCCCCCACACAUUCACUUUAUGAGUAUGCAUUCACAAAAUUGUGUUACACUGGUAUACCCUGACUUCUUAACCCUUUCCCACUCAGAAGCAAAGUGAAAAUGGCUGUGUGCAAAGAUCAUAAAACCAGAACAGCCUACGAGUAACUCGCAGUCUGUUCGGGUUUUAUGCUGUUUGCUUCUAGUCACUAUCUCAGGGUUGGAAAUGAAGCCUUAAAAACUUGAAUCUAGUAUGAAAGGUCUUUAAUUUAAUUUAACGUUCUUAGUGACUACAAAUGCGUCGAAAUACGUAUUUAAGUGCUAAAGGGUUAAUAGGCAGUGAGCUUCAUACAUUCUGGGAUAAAGCCAAAUUCACUUUUUAGCUUACCGCGGUUAGGCCAAAUAUGCCAAUUACAAUUGGGUUGUGAGCAGCUGACAAAUAUGGCAAAUUUGGCUGAAAGUGGAAAAUAGAAACUCAGUUCAACUAUUGAUUUUAAUAUAAAUAAUGUCAUGUUUUUUCUUAUUUUAACAUGUUUUUUAGGUAAGAGUGAUUGUAUUUUAAAUGCAAUGGCAAUUUUGUUGGUACUCUGCCAUUCGAAAUAUAAAAAGGAGCAAACUCUAAAUGAGGGAAUAAAGUCCACUCCUUAACAUGGGUUACACUAACAUUAAUUUUUCUGCAUACAUUAAAAUUACUAUUAUAGGUAAAAUGUUAUUUCUACAUUUUGUAUGUAUCCUGUUUUUCUAUACACACAAUUUGAGAACAGUGUGUGUUUUUACGCCCCCGAAGAAGGGCAUAAAGUGAUCGCACUGUACGUCUGUCCGUCCAUCUGUCCGUAACACUUUGUGUUUAGGUUUCGAAAAAUGCUCAUAACUUCUAUGUCGCUUCAGAUGUAACAUUCAUAUUUCGUAUGCAUGUGUCUAUGGACAACGCCUUUCCAUACGCACACAAAUUAAGACCCCUUGACCUUGAACAUAGGGUCUGCAUUGAGGUUUCGAAAUCUGCGUAAAGGUUUGAGUAAGGUUCCGAAAAGGGUAAGCUCAUAACUUCCAUCAAAGCGUUUUUCGGGGCAUAUGUCAUUCUAUGGAGACAGCUCUUGUUUUUGUUUAAUUUUUGGGCCGCUAUUCGGCCCCAUUCCCAAUGUAAAAAGUUAAAAAAAAAAAUGUUAUUUUCCAAAUGGGACCUACAAAUUCCCAAUUGAAGGUAUAAAACAAAAUGUUUUUUGUUUUUUUUAGAUGUCAACAUUUAGUUCCCAUUCAGCUCUAUAAGUUGCACCUUAGGAAAUAAAAUAUUGUAAACACCUUUAUUCUAAAUUUUGAAGCAUUUGUAAGCAAAACAACAACAACACUAAUUUCCCAAUUUUAGUCAAAACGCCUCAAUUUUUUCCAAAUCCAAAGGGACCCGUCCCCAUUCCCAAAAUGGUGAAAAAAACACUGUGGUAUAAAUGAUUUUUUUCCUAUGUAAACUAAAGUUGUUUUCAUUUUACAAUAUGGUAAAAUUAGAAUAAGAUGUUCAUUGUUUACCAGAAUACCAGCUUUAAAUCAAUAUAGACUGUCAAUGAGUCCAAUUCAGAUUUUUUAAGUAACAUGUGGAUUUGAAGAUAUUCAAUUUCUUACUAAAAAGUAUUGUGCUUAUAGGGUUGGUAUUAUUUUGUUAUUUAGGGAAUUUUCGCAUGAGAAAGUUUCUUACCCAAAUCAUUUAGGUGCACACAUAGAAUGUUUUUUUUUUCUUAACAUCAAUAUUCGAAAACCUUGACUUUCUGAUCUUACUACAUGUACGUGUAACAUGUAAAUAUUUCAGUAUGUUUUUGUGAUACCAAAGUGAUAUGCAUAUAGAAAGUAAGCCAUGUAAAAAGCUAGAUGUUUUCUAUAUUGCAUUUGAGCCACGCUCUGGGGAAAUGGAGUUUAGCCUAUGAUGUCCGGGGACGCACAUGCGUUUAGCCUAUACAGUCCGGGGAUGCACAUGAGUUUAGCCUAUGCAGUCCGGGGAGGCACAUGCCUUAAGUCCUGUUUUCCCAGAGCGAGUUUCAUAUCUGUUAUUUCUUUCUAGUUUCUGCUAGUCACUUAAAAAACAGUAUGCGUGCCAUGUUGUAAUAUUUGAUUUCAUUGUGAUGAGCUUUGUGAUCUUAUUAGUUUCUUUGUUUUUAUUAAACAUAUAACCAGUUAAAACUACGGUACUCACCUCAUGAAACCUGAUGGGCAUUCACUGUUUUGUUACUGAAACUUGCUUCAGUCAACCGUGAAUACUUUUUAAACCUAGCGACAUGUGAGUUUUUAAGCAGUGAUUCAUUCAUUUAAACAAAAUGUAUGUUUAUUCACUUUAAUUUGUUGCAUUUAUACAUGCUUCCAUGUCUGUUGUAUUUUAUACGGUUGUUACCUAUGUGAAAAUAUUGUAUAGGGUUGUAUUCCUGGUUUUAUUAUUUCACAUAGAAUUAGAUUUUUUGCAUACAUGUUUUAACAUUUUUGCUUGCUUCCUUUUGUUAAUAAAAAGGUAAAAUAAGUAAGGUGCUAAUUUAACCAAAUCAUGUUCUUGAUGUUUGUUUAUACAAAGAAUGUUUUUGGCUUAUUCAUCCAUAAUGUGGUAUGACUACUUUAUUGGUUGAUACAUUUAAGGUUUGAAAUUUCUAACUUCUCAACAAGGAUUGUGCUGUGAUGUUUGAUGACACAAAGUGCAUAAAAAAUUUAUUGAAGUUUCUGUGAAAUGACAGAAACUGAAUUUUUGACGCAUACUGGUUGGUUAAUAUAUUGUGUAAAAUUUUCAUUAAAGUUAAACAUGCUGUGUAUCCACUUUAUUAUUAUAACAUGUUACGAGGUUGAAAUCUCCAUACAUGUUAUAAAUCCCUUACAUGACAUUUAUAAUAGUGAGCCUCGUUCUGGGAAAACUGGGUUUAAUGCAUGUGAGUACAGUGUUGCCUACAUGAGCCUUUUCUACCUACACAGGCUUAUCAGGAUGAUGUCCACUUUUAUGGAAUUUUAAGAAAGUAAAGUAUAGUAAGUCUUUUCUUAACGAAAAUCCAGUUAAGUCAUAAAGUUUCGUCCCAGAGUAGCCUGUGCAGAGUGCACAAAUUAAACUGUGAUGACACUUUUUGCACAUGCAUUGAGCCCACUUCUCCUAGAACGUGACUGGAAUGUUACUAUUGAAACACAUAAACUACAAAGUAGUCAAAUGAGGCGGUCUCAGAAAAAACUAGAAUGACUGUAUGUGUCUUCCAAACAAAACUUGAGUCUAUGGGGAAGAUGUUGUCUGGAAAAGUACCCAGCAGACUGUGUUUAAAGUCCGCUUUCUUUGAGACCGCUCAAAUUCGCUGGUGUGUAACAUGAAACUUUACUGGUUUAUUGUAAUUACUCAUAUAUCCAUGACAGUGAUUCCAUGUUGGUGCUUUAAACUGUUAUGUUGUGUUUCGUUUUGUAAUUAUGCAUAACAUCUUUCAGAAAUAAAAAGUAAAAUAUUAA